ACCGUAUAUUUGGACGUCUAGCAGCAGAUCAAAUCAAAAUGGACAAGUUCUAUAUUAUCGGCCUACUAGUUAUCGGAUCUGUAUGUAUCCAGUUGUCUAAAGCCGCCACCGUGAUAUCUCCGUCCGUCACGACCAGAUCCCCGGCUAGAAAUGAAGCUAGUACAACCUCUGGGUCAACACCAGUUGGUGCUGAUGAUGUUGUAACGGAGGUCCUUAACAACGUCACUUCCUGUCCACGGUUUGAUAACCGACAGGAGAACCAGACUCUAUAUGUUCCAUAUGUAGAUGGUCGCUGUGAAAUGGUAGUUACCGUAGCAACUGUAACGCUGCCUCCGUUAAAGAUCAUUAAGAUGUUCAAGCGAGGAAAAAACGUGAUAAGGAGGCCAGUAGUGAGCUUCAGGACUGUGAUGGCGGAAGAGAACGGUCAGCCAAUCACGUGUGAGUCUUUACCUACCCGGUCACUUGGACCCUUCGUCUUCGUGGAUACGGUGGUCAAUGAAUGUCAAAUGCUACUGAAAAUACAGAAACAGAAAAACGAAGCUUUUCCUCCACGUUCGCCGGGACAGAAGAAAGGCAAGAAACAGGGCAAACGACCAGGCAAACGACCAGGCAAACGCCCCAAAAACCCGAGACACACGUUUGUCCCCGCCUACGAAUACCUGGAUGAAGUUGUGUAUUAACUUAGUCAACAUGAAACAUAGAAGAAAUCCUCUAUUACUGUAUAACUGUAUGACCUCCUGAUGUAACCGACUUUUGUCUGAAGACUAACAUGGUUGUGUAUAGUACAAGUGUAAAUGUGUGUUUGUGUGACAGUCAGACUCAGUUGGUUGAGCUUCAGUAGUUCAAUCAUACAAUAAACGAGUCAAAAUCCAUUUUAUAUUUAUUUUAAAUGUGUAGAGAUAGGAAUAUUAAUAAUAAAAAUCGUCAAGUGAGAACGAAUGUGUCGUUACUCACUGACGCCCGAUGUAGCUGGACCAGAUGACUUUUGUAAUUAAAUGUUUGUGUAUAUUAUUACUGUUGUGAGAACAAUUAAAUAGAA